AUGGCACGAGCGGCAGAUCCUCUGGGCAAACGUACUGUCGGAAUCAUUACAAAGUGCGAUGCGGUGGAGAAAGGCGACGAAGCUGGGGUUAUGCGUAUUGCGAAGAACCAAGUCGAGAACCUUAUGCAUGGCUGGUUCGUUGUCAAGAACCGUUCGACCAAGGAGAUAAAUGAAGGAGUCACAAUCGAAGACCGCCACGUUAAAGAGCAAAGAUUCUUUUCCACUCAUCUACCCUGGUCGGAGCUUUCCAAGGACCGAGUUGGUAUUCAUCCACUGAAGAAGUUCCUCGGGCAACUCCUUUACGAGCACAUCCGCAGCGAGUUUCCUAAUGUUGUCAAAGAUGUUGAGAACCACUUGAGGACAGCACAGAAGGCUCUUGAACUGCUCGGACCGCCACGAUCGGUGCCCAUCGACCAACGCCGGUUUCUUACUCGUGUAGCAAACAAAUAUCAAAGAGAAGUUAGUAAAGCGCUUGGCGGCAAUUACGACCCUCAACUCGAGAGAGAGAGUCCUCUGAAGUUGCGGAUGCACAUACGAGUCCAAAGCGAGGCGUUUGCAAAAACGAUUUCUGUGCUGGGACAUACGAGGAUUUUCCAAACGGUCCGUGGCACUCUCGAUCCAGAAUACACCUCUGCCAACGAAGUCGGUAAAAAGCGACAGGAUCUAUGUAUUAUUGAGUGGAUCCGGAGUAUCUACCGCGAGUCUCGUGGUACUGAGCUACCUGGCACUGUGAACCCGGCUGUCCUAGAGAACUUGUUCCGCCAGCAAACUACCACAUGGGAACCAAUUGCAACCAAUUAUAUCCAAAAGGUCACGGACGCUGUAAAGGCAUUUAUGGAAAUCGUACUGCCGAGCAUCAUCACCGAGACCGAGGUGCUAGAAAAGGUGCAGAGGCGUUUGAGGCAGGUACAGGAAGCUGCAUACUCCGCUGCGACAGCUGAAUUUUGCAGAAUCCUCAAUGAUGAACGCGGCGGGAUUCUGCAGACGGUGAAUCACUAUUUUGCAGACAACCUCAACGCUAUACGGGAAGAAAGAGUGCGCGCCAGACUGCAGCAAGCCGGCUACAACGAUGGACAGAACGUUGCAACCAACCUUCUUCACGUAAUGAAGACUAUACACCUCAGCAAUGAGCAGCAAGCGGUUUACGAUAUCCACGAUAUUCUGAAGGCAUACUACAAAGUUGCUCUGAAGCGCUUUACGGAUAACGUUGUACUCCAGGUUGUUGAGCGACACACUCUCGGGCCGAAUGGGCCAGUUAGAGCAUUUUCUCCGGAUAUGGUCAACGAUUUUGACGAAGGGGAGCUGAUGGAGAUUGCGGGGGAAAGUUUUUCAACUUCGAGCAUGCGCAAUGAUUUGGUCGCUCAGUGUGAGAGGUUUGAGAAGGCACUGAACAUUGCAAAGCAGUCUGGUAUCUAG